AUGGCAUCCCUAGACGUGCCAGCGCGCGCCACCUCUCGAGGCGACAUCAUACCUGUGCGACAGCCCAAGGCUCCAGGGCCGCAAGGUCUCCAUGCCGCCCGUAGCGGGCUGCGACGGGCGUUGGCGGCUCUAGCCGAUCUCAAAGCCGAGGAGAACGAAUACAUCGAGUCGUCCCUCUUCCAGAGGAACAGGGCCCUUGCAUACCUGGAUAAAAUGGAUACUCGCAAGACUAGCAUUUCGGCCGAACUCCACGGUUUGGCAGACGACGAAGAGGAGCCUCUGGCAAAGGAGCUCCGGGGCCUUGAGGAACAACACAACACCAUCGGCCGGGAUAUCUGCGAGCUGGAGGAGAAGUUGGUUGGCAUGCGGAACCGUCAACGGUGGCUCGAGCGCACAAUGGAAGAUGUCCGUAAUCGCCGAGAGGCUGGUCUAAGCGGCUACAGGGGCGCUUUGAAAGAGGUUGAAGGAGAAGUUACAUCCCUCCUGCGCCGGCCUCCCAUCGAGCCACUGGAUCUAGGAAUUAUCGAAGCCGUCUCACGCAGCGAAUCUGGGAAAGCUAAUGGCACUAAGGACCCCCCUGGAGGAGCCGAAUUCUUCCGUAUGAUACCAGAGCGGCGUACUUUGGCCAUGGCAAAGGACUGGUGGGAAAGCGAAGUAGACUUUUUGCAGAAGCGCAAGGCGCAGGUCGACAAGGAUCACGAUGCGCUCGACAAAGGUAUGGAGCUGUGGCGGGAAACGAUCAAGCUUGUCACCGAAUUUGAAGCCGAUUUGCGCCGGACAUUGAGCGGCGGCGGCAGUGCCGCAGCCGUGGGCAAGCAACCUCAGGUAGCACGGCAAGAAGGCGUACAGGCGCUGCUACCACGGAUGGGGAAGGUUAUCCUGGAACUGAGGGAACAUUUGAGGACAGCCGAGCGUAAGAGCUGGAAUCUCUUGAUUUGUGCCAUUGGGGCCGAGCUCGAGGCUUUCCAAGAAGCCCAGAGUCUGCUUCGAGCGAGUCUGCCACAGCCCCAGGCAGCGGCUUCUAUAGAAGAUGUCGAGGAACCCUGGCAUAACGCUGAUGGUGAACCGCAUUCAACGGCACAAGCGGGGCAUGGUGGCACAAGCAUGGUGGAGAGCCAUCACGACGAGAGUGACAAUGAGGUUCCUGCCGAUUUGCUAGUGUCGCGGCAGGAGGAGCAAAAGGAUGGUCACUCCCAUGUCGGGUCUCUACAAACCUCAUCGUCGAGACGGGACAGCUACAAUGAGGUGCCGCCAGAGUUCUUGGCGGAGCACAACGACCACUUCGUCGCAUAG